AUGACAUCAAUGAAAGGCAGACCACUUAAACCAAAAGAACAAUAUACUCACCGUCUAAAGAAUAUUCUUGAGGAAUAUCCUGAUGGAUUUCAAAUUCUUCGUGAAAUUCUUCAAAACUCUGAUGAUUCUAAAAGACCUGCACUUUUGUCUAAAAACGACACCGUGUUCAAAGAACGUGAUUUUGAUUCAUUAACGAAAUUAGCUGAUAGUAAAAAGCGUAGUCAAUUUGAUAAUAUUGGAGCAAUGGGUGUGGGUUUUAAUUCUAUUUACCACAUAACCGAUUCACCUACCUUUAUUACCGGCGAUCAAUACGUUAUUCUUGACCCACAUGAAUGGUACUUUGAUGGUGGUAUUAGAUAUAAUUUUAUUGAUGAUAAGAUUGCUGUUGAUUACCCUGACCAGCUUGCUCCAAUCACUAUUCCAUUCGGUAUUCCGUUUGAUCAAAAAUUGAAUGGCACCAUUUUUCGUUAUCCUCUUCGCACUAUUCAGGACGCUAAAGAUUCUAAAAUUUUAAAUAAAGAAUACAAUCCAACAAAGAUAUUACAAAUGUUUGAUAAAUUUUAUGAGAAUGAAAGCAUUAGUUGUCUUCUUUUUUUGAAAUCUGUUGAGAGCAUUAAAUUUUAUGAAUUAAAAGAAAACGAGAAUGUUGCAAAAUUACUCUGCUCAAUAGAAAUUAUAAAUGUAGAACAAGUAAGAGAGAAACGUGGGUUAAUCUCUGAAAAUAUUUGUUCUUUGAUGAAAGAUCUUGAUGAAAAAAAACUUUACGAUGACACCACAUUGGAUUCUAUGUUUAUCAUGACUUUUCGUCAACAAAAAGGCGAUGAAAAGCCACGAGAAAGCCAAUGGAUUGUUUUUAGUUUUUUUGGUGAUCUAAAUGCUACAGCAUCUUAUUUCAAGGAAGGGAAAAUAAUUGAACAUAAGCUUAUUCCAAAUGUUGGAAUCGCUGUUCAACUUAAUAAUCCCAAAGCAAUUGGAAGACUAUUUUGCUUUCUUCCUCUUCCAAUAUUACUGCCUUUUCAUGCCUCUGUGCAUGGUCAUUUUGCUGUCAGCACAAAUCGACGUUCAUUAUGGUCCGCUGCCGAUGGUGAAGAAUUGACUGAAGGUUCAUUAUCCAAGUUAAAGGUUUUAUGGAAUAAAUAUCUUUUCGAUGUUAUUCUCCCACAAGCUUGGGCAAAGUUUUUAAUCAAGCUUCCUAUCGAAGUACAAGAUAUUGAUUCCAAUAAUAUCUACAAUUUUUGGCCAAUUAUCAGAGAAUCUAAAUUCGGCAAUUUCCUUAAUCAAUAUAAAAAUCUCUUGUUAAAUACUAUUGAAAAUUUCAACAUUAAGGAUAAAAUUUUUUGUGGUCCACCAAUAUCUAGUUUAUUUGGAAACUUGUCUGAUAUAUUACCAUCCCAUAAUGAGGCUUCCAUAUCCUGUGGAACUAUGAUUCAUUUAAUGUCAAUCGAAAACGGCUUUUUUCCUGAUGAAUCUGCUCCUCAUAUUUCAAAAAUUCUUGAAAAAAUCGGAUUCCCUAUGAUUAAUAUUGAUCCUAAGAUAUAUGAUGAGUUGAAAAAAUCUCGGCACAAAAAUUCUUUAAAUAUUUGCUCUCCACGCAUCAUUAGAAUCUACUUACUUCAAAAUAAAUCAAAAUGGGAAAGCAACGUAAGAGAAGAUAUUAUAUCAUUAUUUGAAUAUGUACUCAGAGACAAAAAUUAUACGGAAUUGAAUGGUCUUAAAACUAUUCCGUUAUCUGAUGGAAGCUUUGGAACAAUUUUGCAUUCUGAAACUCAGUUGCAAUCUGAAGACACUGUUUAUAUUGGUCCUGAUGAUAAUGGUUCAAUUGGGGAUAAUGAUGAACGAAAAAUUUUUUUAAAUAAUUUAAAUAAAUUUGUUGAUAAAAAUAUCACCCCUGAACUUUGGGAUCUACUCUACAAAGGGACUCAAGAAGGGUGGAAUCUCAACAUUAAAAUGUUGGCUCCAUCAGUAGUGGCUGAUCUUGUAACAAAAGAAUUAAAAGGAUAUUCAGUUGGAUGUGAUGAAAUUCCAAUGGGUGAUUCUUGUGGUUUGAUUUUUAAAAUUUGGGCAAACUUUAAAGAAAUGGAUUAUGAUCUGACAUACUUUGAGAACAUUCAUUUACUACCUACUAAUAAUGAUACCCUCAGAAAAUUAAAAACAAAUCAAAAAUGCUUUUGGAAUUGUGUUGAUAAUAAUCUUGAUAACGAAGCACAACCUCUUAUUGAGAAAUUUGAGGUUUUGGCUUGCUUAAAAGCAUCUACUACUUUCCCAACAAACAUUCAGAUUAUGUUACAACCUCGAGAAGCGGAAAUAAUCAUUAAUUAUUUGCGUCGUUUACAUCCUGACGAUGCUACCAAUGAUAUCGUAAAAUAUUUUCCAAUUUUUUCAGAAGUUGGUAAGGAAGAGCUUAUCGCACUUCUACCUAAUAAAAGAAAUUGGUAUUUACUUCCAAAUGAAGAUGAGAAAGAUUAUGGGCAGAUAAUUGCUCCAAAUACGGAUGGUUUUCUUGAUUCAUCAUCGUCCAAUACAAGAUUUCUUUUGGAAAGUGUUAUAAAUGUUAGACGACUAUCACGACAAGAGUAUUGGACUAAAUUUGUGAUCCCAUAUUUGGAAAAUCAACCAUUGGCAACUAUUGAAAUUAUAAUUAUAAAACUUUUUGAACGGUUACAGCUUCUACUUUUGGAAGAUCAAAAUUUAAAAUUUACGUUGGAAAACAUGGCUUUUGUUCCCGCAAGCACAAAUCCUACUGCGCGAGAAAAUCAAGAAACAAAUUUUAUACUAAAAAAACCUAUUGAUCUAUUUGAUCCUGAUAUUCAAGAUAUUCAAUACAUUUCUGAAUUAUUCCUUAAUGACGAACACUCGUUUCCUGCUGGAAUUUUCUCGGAAAAAUUUCGAGACAUCUUUUUAACUUCAUUAAGAACUCUAGGAAUGAAACAAUGUUUUUCUGAAUCGGAUAUUAUUCAGCGGCUUGAUGUAUUUGCCAAACGAAAGGAUAAUGAAAGCGAUAUUGUACAUCAAAAAUCUCUAAAAUUAGUUCAAUAUAUUGAUAAAAAUUAUGAAAAACUUUUGGGAUCAUUUGAAUAUUACACUAUGUUAUCGUUAGAAUUACUGAUUAAAGUGUGGAUUCCGACGAUUGACUCUACGGGUAAAAAACAAUUUUCAAGGGCGAAUGAAUGUCGAAGCAUAAAACAUAAAAAUUUGGUUGGACUAGUGAUGCCAAUCAUAGAAUAUUCUUUUGAGAACAGUUCUUUUAUUAAAAUUUUGCAAUGGGAUUCAUAUCCAUCUAUUGAUGUCGUUAUCGCGCAACUUAAGGCAUGUUUAUCCAUGGUGACAGUACAUGAGAAUACUUUCAAAAUAUGUAAAGAAGUAUAUACGUAUAUGAAUUAUGUAAUGAGCGACAACAGUUCAAACUUGACAAAAUUUAAAGAAAAACUUAAAGACGAAAAAUGGAUUUAUUGUAAUGAUAAAUUUUAUUCAACAGACCAGGUCGUGAUUGAACUUGAUAAAAAUUUGGACAGCAACACGUCAAAAUUUGUCGAACUUCCCUACACAUUUAAGCCUUAUAUUGAAUUAUUCAAAAAUAUGGGUGUUAAACAAAAAAUGGAUAUUACUGACUUAAUAAACAUCAUAAAUGAAUUUCAAUCCACUGAUGCUACAGGGAUUCUAUCGAAUGAAGAAUUAAACAAGGUGAUAGCAAUUAUUAAACUGGUCGCAAAUAGAGUUAGUGAACAAGGUUAUUCUUGUGCAAGUAUAAAAGAUUUGUUGGUACCAAGUACAGAUUGCCAGUUGGUGAACAUAUAUGAGAUUUAUUUUGAUGAUAUGAAAUCAAGGAUCGAUAAAAACGAAAAAAUAGUUCAUUCAUUGAUUUCUUAUUCUGUCGCAAAAACUCUUGGAAUAAAAAUGCUUACCGGAAAGUUUUUUGAUUCUAAGACAAAUAGCAGUGACGAUGAUGAUUAUGAACCAGAUGAAGAAUUAGCUGUUAAAAUACAUAAUAUCAUUAAUGGUUAUCCACUUGAAUUGAUAUUUAAUGAAAUCCUACAGAAUGCUGAUGAUGCGAGAGCAAGAAGAAUUUGCUUUAUUAUUGAUGAAAGAGAUCAUAGAAAACCAAUUUUAAAUUUAUCCAAUACGGAGAAACAAAAUUCAUUGAUUUCUGAUGAAACAAAUCAGUGGCAAGGUCCGGCUCUAUGGAUAUAUAAUGAUUCUGAAUUUACUCCAUACGAUUUUGAGUCUAUAAAAAUAUGUGGUUUCGGAGGAAAGAAGGAUUAUAGAGAAAAAAAUGGAAGAUUUAGAAUCGGAUUCAAUUGUGUAUAUCAUUUGACCGAUUUCCCUAGCAUUGUUAGUGGGGAACAUAUAAUUUUCUUUGAUCCGCUAAAGAAAUUUUUGCCAAAAACCGGAAAUCCACCUUGUAGCCCUCAUGUAAUGAAAUUUAAUUUCCUUGAAAAAAAAUUCAAAGAACAAUUUGAAGAUCAAGCAUCUACCUAUUCAAGUUUUGGUUGUGACUUUAAGAAGAAAUUUAAAGGGACUUUAUUCAGGUUACCUCUAAGAUUAGAAAAAAGUGAAAUAUCAGAUCAAGUAUUAAAAUCUAGUGACCUCAUAAACAUAAUUUUUAAAAAUAUAAAAGCGAAUCAUGAAAUAUUAUUUUUAAGAUAUAUUGAGCAUUAUAGUUUAUUUAAAAUGAAUUCAAUGGAUUUGCUAGAUUUAAUUUGGGAAAUAUCAAUUCAAAAUAUCAAUGAUAUUCGUGAGUUUCGUAUCUCCAAUUCAUACGAGACGAAAUUAUACCAAUUAGAAAUGGAAAUGUGUUACAAGCAAAGUAAAUUUGGUGAAAACUGUAAAGACUCGGAAAUUUGGAUAAUUUGCUCUGGUGGUAAUGACAUGAUCGACAAACUCAGAGUUCAAGAGAUUUCUAAAGAGUUUAACCUUUCAGCAAAAGGAGGUAUUGCUGUGCUAUUAUCUAAGAGAAAUAAUAAAUCACUGGAAGAACUUAAAGCUGAAAAGUUUUUCAACAUUCAACCACUCGAUGGAAGGAUUUAUUCGAACCUUUCACUUCCGAUCGAUACAUCCUUCAGUGUUCACAUCAAUGGAACAUUUUGUCUAUCUAAUUAUAGAAAGAAUAUUUUGCAUGCUGACAGUAAUCUUUCAACAAAAUUAAACGAAUGGAAUAGAUACAUAUUGUUAGAUAUCUUGCCUCCACUGCAUGCCAAGCUUAUAGAGCACAUAAUUAAUCAAAAAAUGCCACAGUCUUAUAAUCAAAUGCUUAGAGAGUUGUGGCCAAUGCCCUUAACUUCAGAUACUUUAGAUCAAUACCGAGAAUAUGGAUUAAAUGUGCUUUCGAAUGGAGGUGCACUUACUUCAUUAGACAAAGCUUAUUUUAUAACUUCAAAUAAUUCUAUUAUCGCAGAUAUUCUUACAAAUCAAGGAAUAGAGAUUGUCAAAUUAAGUGAGGAUAAAAUUAGUCAACUUAAUGAGAUGAUUAGUAAAAUAGGUUCGUCUACCAAAUCGAUCAAAUUGAUAACGCCACAAUCAAUCUGUAGUAUGCUUCGAAAUAAUUCAAUUACAUUGGAUAUUUUGGAUGCUAAAAACGAAAAAUCACAUGAAAUAGCGAUACAUUUGUUGAAUUAUAUUAUUUCAAACAAUAAUCAAUUUCAUCAACUUUGCGGAAUACGACUACUACCACUUUGUGAUAAAUCUUUAGGAACAUUUGGUUCUCAAACAUAUUAUAUUGCGGAAUAUGGAUUUCAAUACUUGUUUCCUAAUGCAAAAGCAAAAUUUGUUGACGUUCUGCCUUUUAAUCUUCAAUCAAUUUUUAAGGAUAAAAACUUUUGUGAUAUAGUCAAUAUUAAACAUUUAAAUGCAAAUUCCAUUAUUGAUUUACUAGAUAAUGUGCUACAGCGUGAUAAAGAAAUGAAUUGGGAUCCUUUUGGAUAUCAAUAUCCAAAUAAAUAUUGGAUUGAUAUGAUACUAUCAAAGUUCACAGAUCCAUAUACGCCGUAUGAGUUUAAAAAACUGGCAAGAUUUCCUGUAAUACCAAUAAACAAACCUCAGAGCAAACUCGUCUUACCUGAUUUAUCUGAUCCUAUAUUGAUAGAUAUAAGCAAUCAUUCGAUGAUACCAAUACUUGCAAAAUUUGGUGUCAGAUUUACAGAUAAGAAAUUUCCUGACGACUGUAAUCCAUUUAUUAAAGGGUGUAUCUUGCAAUCAAGUGCGACAAACAUGAUUACAUCUCUUAAAAAAGCUAUUAAAAAAUCUUCAGGAUCAUUAAACCAAUUAUUUUCUGAAAAACUUGAUCAUAAUGAGAUUAAAAUUUUCAGAGCGUUUAUCAAAAAUGAGAUUCGUUUUAUUCAAACACAAGAGGGAAUCAUACCUCCACAGGACAUUCCCCUUUUAUCCAUGCAUAAGGAAACAAAAUUUUUUCUUAUAGAAUCCGAUUCACAUCGUCAGGCACUGCCGCUUAAUGUAAUCCCAAAUUAUGAUUUCACUAAACUUGUUCGGGCGAAUACUUUAUAUAGUGCAGCAAAUGAAUCUCUUUUUAGAAUUUUCUGGAAAGCCGAUAAACUUUUACAUCCUGGUUUACAAGAAAAUACCCGAUGUUUAAAAGCUUUAAAAAUAAUGGGAUUAAAACAUCAAGUUAAUUCAGCUACAUUUCUUGAGUGUGUACGAGAAAUUAAUUCAAAGAUCCAAUUACAACAACCAGAUGAUCAAAUUCAACUGGUAAAAUCGGAUACAAUAAUUUUAAUGAAAUAUUUAAACGAACAUUUUACAAGUUUAAAUUUCUCAAUUAAGCAACGGAAAGAAUUAAUAUAUAUCAAGUUCGUACCAGUAGACACAGAUUUAGAAAGUCCAUUAAAAGAAACGGCAGUUAAAACAACAGGAUUUGAAUCGAUAAAUUCUAUGUGCUACCAAAAAUAUAAAUACCUUUGCUGGACGCAGUGUCCAUUAUUUUUAAAAUCAAUAGAUCCUCCAAACAUAUUUAAAAAUGAAUAUCCUGUAUUAUGUCGUCCUACAAUGAAUAAGGUUCUUGAUAAUUUAUGUUAUAUUGCGAAAAUUGAAACAUACAAGACAUUGGAUAAUUGGUUAAAAACUAGUGAAAAUCAUGAUAAAAAUAUGACGAUAUUACGUUUGCAAAAAGGAGCAAAAAUAUUUUUGAAUAGUAAUGAUCCUUUUAUCUCCGAAGAUUGGGUAGCAGGAGAAAAUCUUGUAUUUGGUGUGCAAGAAGAUGUUAGUUCUGAAUUGCGUAAGAUCCAUGAUAAUUUAAAAGGAUUUAAAUUUUUAUUAAAAGUAUCUGGAGCUAAAGAAAUUAAAAAUAUUGAUUUUAAUGUAAAGACGCAAAAUUAUUCACAGAAAAGUAAAUUAUUUGGCAGACUUUUAAAUAAUUUUGAAAAACAAGAUGAAACCAGACAUCAUGAUGUUGAGUUUCAAAUUCAUCAUAAGAAUGAAAUUGAAAAAAUCUAUGCCAAUCGAUACGUUCUUUCAGCGGCUUCUGAACAUUUUGAAACAUUAUUCAAUGGGAAAAUGAUGGAAGCUGCAGAAUAUCAAAAAGUAACCGUCGAUAUUAAUGACAUCAAACCUUCAGUAUUUAAAGUUCUAGUUCGUUGGUUAUAUGGCCAAACUCUCGAAGAAGCAAUUGAUGCAGUUUUAAAUCAUUCUAAAUGUUCUGUUACUUUCCUACUUAAAUUGCUUAAAGCAUCAGAUAAAUACCUAAUUGAUCCACUCAAAUAUCAGGUUGAAGUAGCAAUGAUAAAAGGCGGUUAUAUUGAUAUUGGUAAUGUGGUUGAAAUCAAUGAAUGGGCUAAAUCACUUCAAACGACACAACUUCAUGAUUAUUGUAAUGAAUAUAUAAAAAGUAAUAAGUCUAUUGUAAUUGAAAAAAAGAUAAGUGGAAUAGUUAACGCAAAUAGUGAAGAGGAUAAAAAAGAAGAGGAAGAUAUGUUAAAUAUUGUUCUUGAUAGUUAA